CAGUAUGAGCGAUCGCUCUUGGUGGACGGGUGCGAAUUCACCGAGUUUAUCGUUAAACUAAAAUUUUGUCUCUCUGUUUCUGCUGGAUAAAAAUAACACACAGUGGUAGGAGAAGUAGAAGAAGAAUUAAAAAAAAAAAGAAAAAAAGGAAGAAAAAAAUUCAGACCUUCAUGGAUUGGUACUAGGUGUCCGGAUGUAUCGGCGUAGGAUUAGAAACACGUGAAUUAUGAUGGUGUUUAACAACAGUGUUGUGAAGUUUUACCGUAGAAUGCCGUGGGUACUACAAUACUACAUCCUAUUGUUACCCCUGGCCAUGUCUAUGGUGUCCGUUGUGGACAGCGGCAGGAGAUUACCCGUUUACUGGAAUUCCUCAAAUACCAUGUUUCACACGAGUAACAACGACCACAUCCUCAAUGUGAACAUGCGCGACCGGAUCGACAUCUACUGUCCCUGGUACUCGCCCUCAUCCAGCUCCGACACCUGGGAGUAUUAUGUUAUAUACAUGGUAAAACGGGCUGAUGAGUUCAACCAGUGUUUCAUAAACAACACAUCGAGAGCGUUCUUCAUUCUCAACUGUUCCAACCCAGCUGGGCCAGCUCCGUACUAUGCCACAAUAUACGUGUACUCCUUCAACGGAAAUCCCAGCAAUCCAGACUUCGUAUCGGGACACAGCUACUAUUUCUUAACAACAUCUGGAGGUGCUAAGCAUGAAAUAAAUAAUCAAUUUCAUGGUGCCUGUCUGGAGAAGAAUAUGAAAAUGCAACUGAACAUAUUCCCUGCACUUCCUGUGGUUACAACUGCAAAGCCAUUCAAGACGCCAGGUUCCAAUAUUAAACCACCGACGCGGAAGAAAGAAACAGCCACCACCCCCACGACAACAACCACAUCAGCCCCAGAUCCACCAACCACACCAAGAAAAAUCGCCACGCACAGAACAACAAGUAUUACACAAGCACCAACAGUUAAAAACAGAGUUCCAGGAAAUGGUGAUUCGAUACCAGAUGAGAAUGUUAUUGAUGUAACUGGACAGAAAAAUGUUGGCUUAAUCAGUGACAGUGCAAGUCAACAGACUGCUGUAACAAGCUUUAGUUUAAUUUUAUUGACUCUAGCAGUGACACUAUGGCAGUUUCAUCGGUAGUACAUGUUAUGAUGUCACGUCACGUGACCCAGACAUUUUGACCAAUCCAGUGUGAGCAUCAUGUGAUGUUGAUGCAUAAGAUCUGUUGUGUGGGUUGAAUGUGAGACAUUUAAAAAACACAAAAAUUUAAUUAUAUAUAUACGAUAUAUAUUGUUUGCCAUCUUGUGUGCUGCUCAAAAGUUCAUGGAACUCCAAAGUAGGUGGUGUGCACCAAAUUGCUGUUGAAAACACUGAUUGGUUAGUGGCAGGUAACUGUCCAAUCAGAUGACUUGUUAUAUAUUGUGUAAAGAGCAAGUAAAUAAACAUUCAGUUGGUGAGAUAAAAAAAAUUACAAGUGAGAAGAUGAUUUGCAUACUAACAGAUAAUUAUAAAAAACAAAACAAUAGGAAAACACAGAACAAUGAUUUACAGAAAUAUGUCUAACUACCACACUAAUUAACCAAUCGGAAAAUGGCUAUCACACAAAUUCUUGAUAGUUAACCAAUGAGAAAAUGGAUAUCACACCAAUUCUGGAUAAUGAGCCAGUCAGAAAAUGGCUACGACACUAGUUCUCGAUAGUUUAGCCAAUCAGAAAAUGGCUUACAGACUGAAAUCAGGACUUGUGUGUGUGUGUGCAACUGGAAUAUGCUGGUGAUUAUAAAACAUUGUGAUGAUGAUGAUGAUGAUCUGAUUCGUGUUAUCAGCUGAGGCAUGGAGAACACCAGAAAAUGCCUUGAACAUAGAAUGAGAGAAGGAUGACGUGAAGACAAGAGUAAGAGAAUAAAAAGACAAAGAGAGAGAAAGGAAUUCGUAGAUCAUUCCAUUCUAGUGUUCAAGUUAGACUGGUUCCAACCUGGAUUUCUAUAAAUGAAGUCAUAUACAUGUGCAUAUUUAUUCAUGUCUGUGUGAUAGUUUGUUCACGUGAAGAAGAAUCUUCUCUCCCUUCCACACAAAAGAGCUCCGAGUGCCAGGUGCAUUACUUGCCAAUGAUACUAAUUCAAUAAUAAUUGUGAUUUAAUACUGUGUACAUAAGAUGUCUGACCAAUCAUUGUGCUUUAUAUAUACAUAUAUAAAUACAUAUAUAUAUUUGUCUUAACCAAUGAAAUUACUUUUAUAUCUGUGAUUCAAAUCAAAUGCGAGUUUGAUUGUUACGGGGUUUGCACCUGGUGGAGAGAUGGUGGUUUCAGUAACUAUGGAAACAACUAAAUGCCAUUUUCUCAAGUCUUUGUGCAUUUGUUUCUGAUUUUGAACUGUUAAUUAUAUGUAUUUAUUAAAAUGUAAGCUAAACUAUUUUUCAGCUUUAGUAAUUUUGCUUGAAUUUAUUUGUUACAUGGUUACUACUUCACCAGACUUCAUGUCAUUUUAACCACUUAAACUAUUUUUGACAAUGUAAAAGUAAACAAGACCGCCAUCCUAAAGAUGGAAGUUAGAAAAGAAAGGGUUAAUUAUUGUUAAUUUUAAUUUAAUUACUGGUGACAGUGCCAGGACUGAAGUGCUACUCUAGCUAGGCCUAAAAAAUAAUGUGUGUUUCAGGUUUCAUCCUUGAAAAAAAAUGGGGUAGGUUGUUAGAAACUGGGUUUUUAAAUUUUCAUAUUUUUAAAAAUCCAAUCAAAUUGAGAAACUGUAAUUGGCUGAGGAGUUCUAAAUUUAGUUUGCUGAAUGCAAAAAAUCAGGGAUCAUGAUUUAAAAAAUGUCAGGGUCGCUACAUAAAAUUAGGGUAGGUCGGGAAACCAGAAACACACAUACAUUGUAUUUGUUUUUGGGGCCUAAUGUCAUUUAGUAAGGUGGAAGAGAAUCUGUUUGGUUUUACAUUUUUAUGUCCAUAUUUUGCUUUUCAAAUACCAUAUAUCCCUUUGCAAAGUUGAUAGUUAAUUUAUAUAAUGAAUAUAUAAUGAUAAAAUGGUUUUGUAAAUGUACACACAAAUAAUGGACUCAUUUACUUAAAAUACUUGUGAAAUUCAAACAGGUUUUCAUUACUUUUCCAAUUAAAGCAAUUCAAACAAAUAACAUAAUAAUUAAUACAAGUAUCUUUGCAAAACAAUAUAUAUUCCUAGAAGAUGGAUGCAUAAUGAAACAAAAAAUCUUGUUUGAUCAAUGAAUGAUUUUCUUACUGGUAUUAGUUAUAUACAGAUGAAGACCAUAUUUUAGUCUUAAUAUUUUAGUCUAAAUAAUAAAUUAUGAAAAAUUUCAGUCAAUGAAAUGGACAAGACAUUUAGAACAAGGGAGAUAACUUCAAUUUAGUCAUGAAAACCUAAUGGGGGUUUUUGUGGGGUUUUUGCUAUAUGUUUCUUUUGGUUUUGUAACUUACAGUAAUGAUAUCAGUGAUGCAGAUCUACUUUUAUCAUACUAAAUAUAAUGUACAUGUAGGAUCAUGAUUCCACUAUUUUUGGUUGCAUUUAUUAAUGUGUUGAACAUUAAUUUUGUGAACAUACAUUUUUAAAUUAAAAAUCUAGAGUUCUUGAUACAUAUUUCAUGACAUUCAUAAACACUGUUGUGCAAGUACUCAUGCCUUCAAGAUAUAAAUAUAAAAACUGAUUUUAAUCAUUUGUGAGUUAUCUCCCUUGUGAGUUAUCUCCCUUUUUCAGAAUAUGUCCCUGAUGGGGCAGGUCAACAGGUGACCCAUCAUACUGAGAGAAAAAAAACAGAUUUAUAAACUGCUUCAUUUAAAUAUGCUUGAUUUCUUGUUACAUUGCUGUAUGUUCUACUUGUAUCUGCUAUUUAUUAACACUUCUGUAAUCUGUUUUAGUUUUAUGAAUCUGAUAUAUAAUAUACGAUAUUUUGAAUGUUGAAGCAGUUUGUAUGUGUGGCUUGUUACAGUAUAAAAGUGGAAAUUCACUUAUUGAAAAAACUUCAAUAAUGAAAAAGUGAGCCUCAGAUUUAUACCAACUCAUCUUAAGUAUUUUUAAGCACAACUUUCUUGUAAUAUAACAAUUAGCCGAAAAAAUAUAUCUAGAUAUAAAGUACCGUAUACUAUAAAUAUAUGUAAUAUAAUUAUUUUUGUCUGAAAGCAAAAAUGAAAGUAUUUUUUUACUCCUUCCCAGCCUCCAUGAACAUUGGGUUUUUUUGGUAAAUAAUUCCAGUUUGUUUUGACGUAACAAGAAAAGUAAAAGUGUUCUGGAAUUAACAAAAAUACACCAUUUAUGUAUGCAAUUUAGAAAACAAAUCGGCUCAGAAAUAAUUUGUGGUAAAUACCAUAGUAAGAGAAAGGCAUUCCAUGUGGGAAGGACUAUAAGUAUAACCCAUUGACACAUUGUAAAAAGAAAAAAAGAAGAAAAAAAAAGAAGCUUGUUAUGGUAGUUUUCAUAUUAAAAGAACUUAAACAAUGGAAAAACAAGAACAAAUGACAACUGCUACGUGUAGUUGUCAUGUUGACUUAAUGAUGUUUAAUGCAAUGUCCACUGGGUGCUAUAUGUUUAGUUUAUAAUUCAAGUUUUGUGUUUUUGUUUGUGUUUUUGAUUAAUGUUCUGGGGUACAGUUUCACCAGUGGAAUAACCCAAUAUUCUGCAAAGGUAGUUUUACAUGUACAAUGUAGUACCAGACAUAUGAAGUCUAUUUGUUAAAAAUUGUAAAAAAAAAAUACUAUUAAAAAAACUUCCAUGUAAAAGCUGGGUAAUGAACUAUGCAAAAUUAUAUAUUAGUACAAUGAAGUCAUUAAUUGCCAUUGCCGUGUAAUUUAAAGUUUUAAAUGUGGCUGAAUAAUUUUCAACUGCAUAAACAUGAAGUCUUGCAGAAUAGUUUAUUAUUAAAAAAGUUUUUUAAUUUUUUUAAUCCUAUUUUUGAUUGAUGUAAAUGAAAUAAAAUUUUGUUGUUUUUAAAAAUUAAACUGAUCUCCAUAUAUGUGUAUAAUUAUCUAAAUAAAGAAAACAAUUAAAUCUGCAGGAUUUUUUUUUUACAACAUUCCAAUGAAGUCACUGCCUGCCUGUUCUUUUAAGAGAACAUUCUCCCAUGAAUUAUUAAGAAUGAAGUGUUAUUGUGUUAGUGUGUUGUUUUGGUACACACACCCCCCCCCCCCCCCCCCAUUCUCCCCACGUCACCACCUCCCCCACCACUGGUGAAAAAUGCCCUGGUUUGGAAAAAACUUUCAUGUUGUUAAUAGUUAAUGCGCACUGUAAAUUAUUGUGUCCAAGUGAAAUGUAUUCACUCUAAUACGUAUUUAAGCAGACAAUGUGAUUGGCUGAAUGAUAGUGUGUGAGUGUGGCAGUGACACACUGCGAUGUUGUGAUUGGCUGAAUGACAGUGUGUGGGUGUGGCAGUGACACACUGCAGUGUUGUGAUUGGCUGAAUGAUAGCGUGUGGCUGUGGCAGUGACACACUGCAAUCUAACAAAUCUGGAAUUUACACGAUCUUGUCUAUAUUACUCCCGAAAUGAAGUAACAUAUCAUGGUAGUGAAAUUAAGUUUGGGUGUGUAUAAUGAGAGUGAGAGUGAGUGAGUGAGUGAGAGUGAGUGAGAGUGAGAGUGAGAGUGAGAGUGAGAGUGAGAGUGAGAGUGAGAGUGAGAGUGAGUGAGUGAGUGAGAGUGAGAGUGAGAGUGAGAGAGAGAGAGAAAAUAGCAGAGAGCAGAGUGACAGAAAUGCAGUGGACACAUGUUGUCAUGGCAACAUUAAUAUUAUGUAAAUUGUUGAUCUGUUAUGUAUAUUCUGUACAUAGAGUAUUGAUGAAAAUGUUGCACUGUCAUAUAGUUUUGGGUAUAUACUAACAAGACAAAUGUUUUGGUACCCACCUUAGUACAUACAUCUGACCUUAGAAUCCCUGAAUGUAUUGCACAUCACUGUAUUGUGAAGUACGUGUAUACUGAUGUGCAUAAGAAAUGUAAAACCAUUUUUAUGAAAACUGUUUUUAUAUUAGAGUUAUUCAUUUGAAGCCGAUUUCAUAAUUAGACAGACACCAUAUCAUUUCCAUCUGUUAAGUGCAGUUGGUUAAAACAUACAUAUGUUAAUGGGUUUAGUAUGAGUGAAAAUCAACUGCUACCACAUGAAUUACACCUACUAUUAUCCUAUCCAUCCACCCCCACCCCCCCAACCCCCCACCCCCAAACAGGGUCAACAUCCCACAGCUUUUUUUACAUUUAGUCGAACAUUGAUAAUAAUAUAUCUCUUCACAUCUAUUGUCUCGUUAGUCCAGAUUGAGAGAAAUGGUUCCAUGUCAAAAUUUUCACCAAAACUACUUUCUGUGUGGAGCAUUAGUUAAAAACACUCAUUGUUCCCAGGCUAUCACCCAUCUGUGUACCUGUAUGAACCAGGCUAAGGAUUUUCGAAGCUAUUUUAUCACUAUGAAAUCAUAAAACCAUUGUCGGCUAUGACAUCACUACAGCACAUGUCAUUGUGACAUCACUACAGCACAUGUCAUUGUGACAUCACUACAGCACAUGUCAUUGUGACAUCACUACAGCACAUGUCAUUGUGACAUCAUAGUUUAGAAUAUAUGAGCCCAGGCCUAUGAUGUUUUAACUUCAGUAUCAUAAAUGAUGGCGUUUCAGUGUGGUAAAACCGUAACUCGGUGCUAACAAUUCAUUUGAAUAAAGUUAUUAAUAUAUUGCCUAAAAAUGAUACAUUUCUUUUGCAUAUUAGUGUGCCUAUCUUUGUCAUAAACUUCAUAUUGGGGACGGGUGUGGGUAGAUGUUUUUGUUUGUUUUCAUUGUGACAAGUUUUAACUGUUAUAGUCUUAUUGUUUUCUUUUAUAGAAGGAACAUUUGCUAAAGAGACACAUUUGUGGUUUCAGUUUGUGGGUGGUUUUUCCAGUUUUUGGUCUUCAUGCAAUAAGAUGUCAUUCUGUAUAAUAUACAGUAUUCUAAAAUAUGAAAAUGUACUUCUUAUUUUUAAACAAAAAUUUACACCUAUGAAUUACUGUGUAUUAAUUAUGUUUAAUAAUGAAAAAAACCCCUGAACAACAUGGAGGUUAUAAGGUGAUUAAUUAAUUCACUAGGUAGAAUCUAAUAGAUAACAAGUCAUUUUGAUUUUACAUAUCACAAGUUCAAAGAUAGCUUGCAGUAAGAUAGUCAUAUCAUGCAAUAGUUGAAGUCACUCUACAUUUUCAUUUCAACUUAUUUUCGUGCUUAUAUCCAAUUAAGGUUCAAGCACGCUGUCCUGGGCACACACGCCAUGGCUAUCUGGGCUGUCUGUCCAGGACAGUGGAUUAGUUGUUAGUUGGUU